GCUUGCUACGUCAAAAACAGUAUUUUCGAUUUUUCUUUUUAGAAAUAAUGAAUCGACGUAGAUUAAAUUUUUUGACAUUGUCACAAAAUGAAAUAAUUUAUAUUUCUUUUAUUUUAUUCUUUUAUUCUAAUUUUGAAGAAUUUACAAUUUUCCGGAAGUUAUAUAUAAUGAAAAUAAGAAAGGUCGUGAUUCAAGAGCCAAGAAGUGAUAAUCAGAAAUUAUGUGUUAUAAUUGAGCCUUAUCGAUAGAAUUAUUCCAUUCCUAUUUUUUUUUAAAUUUUUUAUUCAUUGUAUUAUGCUACUUAUAAACGAAUUUGUAAUUUACUAUUUUACUGCAUUAUUGGAAUUAACGGCUUCAAUCAUAAUGUAUAAGGGAAGAAAAAAUUUUAUUCUCAAAAUUUCUUUCUGCUUGAUUUUCAUUGUGACGCCACUUUUUGCUCAAGAUAAAUGUGAUAAAACUAAAUGUCCUGGUCCAUUAAAAUUUUACGAAGAAGUCAAGUGUAAACCAAUUUACAAAACACCUGACGAUUGUUGUGCCGUGAAAUAUGAUUGUUCUCAUAUUGAAAAAAGAUUCAAAUCAAAAAAAUGUUAUGUACAUGACAAUGUUUAUGAGGUCGGUGAGAAAUUGAAAGAAGAAGACUCAUUGCCUUGCAGUCGUGAGUGCAUUUGUUUAGAAAAUCUACCGGAAUUAAUUGGAUUCAAUUGCGCAAUAAUAGAUUGUUUUGAAAGACCACCUAAGGAGGGAUGUUAUAGGGAAAAUUCUCCAGAUCAAUGCUGUUCAGGUCGAGAAAUUUGUCCUACAAAUCCUGCAGUUUGUCUUGUUGAUGGUAAAACAUUAAAAGAAGGUGAUUACUUUGAACCAAAAGAUAUGCCAAAUCUCUCAUGCUAUUGUAAACCAGGAUAUACAGGCGAAAAUGUUGAACCCUUCUGUCAUGAUCCAAAUAAAAAAUCAUGUGGAAUUGAACUCAGACAUAGCUAUGAAUUAAAAGAAAAAUGUGCUCCAAUUUAUAACUAUCAAGAGUCUCUGCAAACUUCUUGCAAUACUUUUUUCAGAUGUCCUGAAGAAAAUGACACACUUAUUUCCUCCUCAACAAAGGAAGAUGACAAAAAUUCUACUGAUGAAUCGGAUACUUGCACAUUUGGAAAAAUUGUCAUGAAAAUUGGUGAUGAACUUAAUCAGAAAACGGACGAUAUGUACAAAUGUAUGAAAUGUAAAUGUGAAGUACCACCAACUCCUACCUGUCGACAAAUUUCUGAUAAACCAUGUGAUGUAUCAUAAACUGAUUAAUUUUUUUUUUAAUAUUAGAUUAAAUACAUCAAAAUUAAAAUUAAUCUAUAAAUUAAAAAAAAAUCUCCUAAAACAAUAAGAAAGUUGUAUAGUUAAUAAAUCAAAUUAAAAAUUGAA